AUGAUGAAAGACCUAGUCCAGAGAUGUGCAGAAGGAAACGCGCCGCGUGGGGAGCAUUUAAGAAUAUCGAGGGUGAAGAAGUCAAAGAACAUCGGGCUCCGCGCUCACCUUUUCGUCACUGCUGUCCUUCCUGUUUUGAGGUACACCUCGGGGACUUGGACUUUACGAAAGCAGGAAGAGCAUGCUGUCAGCGUUACUCAACGCCCUUUGGAAAGGACGAUGCUCGGAAUUUUCCUAUACACGCAGCUGCAGAAGGGAAUCUGGAGUUCCGAGUUCCGUCAUCAAAUGAAAAUCGGGGAUACCGUUGAUUACGCCAAGAAAUCGAAGAUCAGGUGGGCCGGACACAUUAUGCAAUGACGGCCGCCAACGAGAUGGUCAGCCUUCUUCACGAAAGUUCUGAACGAAGGAAAUCACCUGUCCCUGAAGCGAGCACGAUUCACUGGACCACUCUGGCUCAGGACAGGGACGAAUGGAGGCGUUACUGGCGCCCGCUCGAGGAAGUCGAUGAUCAACGGGACUACAGGUGAUACAGAUGAUACAAAACCGCAGGGUGAAAUAUCAGAAACGUUUUUAUAG